AGGCGGCGGCUCUCGGAGCAGCUGGCGCACACCCCCACCUCCUUCAGGAGGGACCCCGAGGACCCGUCCGCUGUCGCCCUGAAGGAGCCCUGGCAGGAGAAAGUCAGGAGGAUCCGGGAAGGGUCUCCCUACGGCCACCUGCCCUCCUGGCGCCUCCUCUCUGUCAUUGUCAAGUGCGGGGACGACCUCCGGCAGGAGCUGCUCGCCUUCCAGGUCCUCAAGCAGUUGCAGUCCAUCUGGGAACAGGAGCGUGUCCCGCUCUGGAUCAAGCCAUACAAAAUCCUCGUCAUCUCCGCCGACAGCGGCAUGAUUGAGCCAGUCGUGAAUGCUGUGUCCAUCCACCAAAUCAAGAAGCAAUCCCUGCUUUCGCUGCUGGAUUAUUUCCUGCAAGAACAUGGCAAUUACAAUACCGAAUCCUUCCUGACGGCCCAGAGGAAUUUCGUGCAGAGCUGUGCCGGUUACUGCCUGGUCUGUUACCUGCUGCAGGUCAAGGACAGGCACAACGGCAACAUCUUGCUGGAUGCGGACGGACACAUAAUCCACAUCGACUUCGGGUUCAUCCUCUCCAGCUCCCCCAGGAAUCUUGGCUUUGAGACGUCUGCCUUCAAACUCACCACGGAGUUUGUGGAU